AUGCAACACCAAGAGGACUACGCAUCCGAUGCCUCCAAGGAUGAGCAAUACUUUGAGAGCUAUGCGGACCUCAGCGUCCACAAGGCCAUGCUUCGCGACCGCCCACGCAUGAACUUCUACAAGACACUGCUCACUGACAGGUCUGUUGUCGAGGGCAAGGUGGUCGUCGACGUGGGCUCUGGCUCGGGCAUCUUAUCCUGCUGGGCAGCCCAGUCAGGCGCCGCGCACGUACUCUCUAUUGAGGCAUCCUCCCUCGCGGAGGUACAGCGGCAAAUCAUUUCGGACAACGGUGUGGCCGGCCGCGUCACUGUAAUCCCGUGCACCGUCGAGGAGGUUGUUGCUGCCGGUGUGGAGGUCUUUCUGCACACACACCCGUGUGUCCGCCUUCACGGUGGCGUAGCGCUUGUAGUCUCAGAGUGGAUGGGCUUCUACCUCUUCCACGAGUGCAUGUUGCCGUCUGUCAUACGAGCUCGUAAUUUUUUCCGAGAGGUGAACGCAGCACUUCAGUCAUCGCUCCCAGUCUGCAUGCUCCCCUCCAACGGGCGACUCCUGGCUGCGCCCAUCACACUCAAGCCCUACUACGCGGAGACCUUUGCUGCCUUUUGGGACAGCGUGGACGAUGUCUGCCUGCACGCCCUCGGCAAGCUUGACUUCCAGGAGCACAUCGAGGCCACAUCGCCGUUGGUCGACGUCAUGCCGCCGCGUGCUCUACUGCACGACGGUGCGGUCUUUUGGGAAGGCAGCUUUGACACCCUUUCCAUUGACGACCUCUCUAGCAUCGUGGCGGCGCGCACCUUUGACUUCUCCACUUGCAUCACCACCGCUUCCGCAAAGGCGAGCCUUGUCGAGACAGGCCAUUUUACUGUGGACGGCUUUACUCUGUGGUUUCAGGUGAGCUACGGCGAUGCCGUUCUUGAUACGUCUCCGCUGGCCCCACCAACGCACUGGAAGCAGACUACAGUUCUCCUGCCGCGGGAGUUCCGUGAUGUGCAGGCGGUAUCGUUUCACGACCUCUAUGAGCAGUUGGAGCUGAGCCUCCGACUUACGGCGAAAGACCUUGCGCAGCGGUGCUACAGGAUUGAGUUUGAACUCAACUAG